ACCCGCCACGUCACCAGUCAGUGAGGAUCAAGAGACCGCGGCCGUGGACCUGGGCGCCCUACCAGGCGACGGGGUCAGUGCCCUGGUGACGUCAGUGGCUGGGUGACGCAGCUGGUGGCACACAUGGCCGUCCUGGCAGACGGGAGUCCCACGUUCGAAGCAAUCCUCAGGCACAACGCUCCGGAGACCACCUGCGGCCAGGUCGACGUCACGGACGUGGAGGGCGCGGUGCUGAGGCAGCUGCUGGGCUACGUGUACACCCUCUAGGCCCACCAACUGCCUGGUGUGGUCCCCCAACUGCUGGCAGCAGCUGACAAGUACAGCUGGUUCGCCCUGGAGGCUGUGUGUGAGCAGCAGGUGGCUGCAUAGCUGGCAGUGGAGACUGCGUCGGAUGUAGCUCUACUUGCACUGAGGCUCUCGUGCCCCAUCCUUGCUGUGGUUGCCGUCUGCUCGGAGAGCCACCAGCAGAUGCCUGCGCGGCAGCUACUAAAAGGAGAAGGGCGACCCCCGGCACUCACUGUCCGCCCCACAGCGAUCACAACCAGAGUCCUGCUGCAGCUGUGCUGCCCACAGCUGCCCGACACACUCCUCCACCUGAGGAUGCAGCUGCCUCAGUUCUGGAGCUUGUCUGCAGAGAAGAGAGGCAGUAGGCUGUUCCAGGCAGCUGUGCAGGGGGCAGCGAGGGAGCUGAGGAUGCUGGUCACCGCAGGGGCCGACACGGAGGCGGGGGGUGGGAGGACGUUCUGGAGGGGGACCGCCCUGCACUUCGCAGCAAGGGAGGGACACGUGGAAGGGGCGAGGUGCCUCGUGGAGGGCAGUGCUGUGGUGGUGGACAGCAGGAGCAGCUCACGGCAGACGAUACCUUAG